AUGAAUAAUGAUGUUGCAGUAGUCAAUAGAAAGUCACAGCUAAUACCGCCCAAUGAUGCUGAUAGCUCCACCUAUUUUGACUCAAUACUACUGAAAAUUUCCAAUGAUAAAAACAGGAAGUUUACUGCCACAGAAGUUGAUCCGUUGAAUUUGAAAAUCAUGAGUAACUUCAAUGAUUAUGAUUUCGAUGAUUCUUUGGAUACUUUAUAUCGUAAAAGUAGCGACAUGGGAUCAGGAGAUGAUGAUAUUAUCAAAUCUCCCGAACAAAAGGCGGUUGAAGAUGAUGGUCAUAGAGAUUCAAUUGAAAUUCAAAAAAGUGGAGAACAUGGUCAAGAAGACUUGAAGAAGGCAGGUUACUUAGCAGGAAUUUUCUUAGACUCAAAGAAGGCAUUCCUUAAUGAUAAUAACAUUUUGGAUCCAAAUAUGACUGAUGUGGAAAAGCGGAAUUACAAUAAUCCUGGAAGUGUUAAAUCGCUUUCAAGAUCAACCCUAGUAAGAGCUGAACGAGUUAAAACAAGUAUCGGGUUGAAAUAUGUUACAAUUGAAAGAAUCUAUGAAGGUGAAAAGUAUGGACAAUACCCUGGAGUCGACGGUGUUUAUAAUCCAUUACAGAUUAUACGUAAUCGUAAGAUAAGAUCGAAAUACCAUGAACAUGCAAAACCACUUUCAGUCAAAACAAUUCCUCUAGCAUCAAAUGUAUUCAGUAUAAAGAAUAUGGCUAGAGAUGGGAAGAGACAAUGGAAGUUAUUGUGGUCAGUUGAAUUGAAUGAAUUAAUUAGUGACCAAUCGUGGAGGAUUAGCCACAUUCAUGAAUUGAAAAAACCCAAUGGUGAGUUAUGGUAUCCUGAAAGCAAUAAGAAUUCGAAACAAGAUAAUGAUAGGAAACAAAGAUUUAAUUUAUCAACUCAAGACGCUCUCAAGAGGAGAUUACAUGACAGAUUGUUUAAUGAAGAUAGUGACAGUAGUAGUUAUGUGAGUCAAGAAGGAUCCACUAAAACUAGAAUGUUACCAUUAAAUGAAAUUAAGUUAGGAAGACGAGACAGAUUCAAACAGAGAGUGAAGAAAAGUCUACGUUACUCCACAGCAUCGUCAUCAUCUUCAUUCGAUGAAUCAUUCAAUCAUUCAUCCCCUCGUAUUGACAUAACUAAUGAUAUGGAUACUUCGAAAAUUGAGAAUAGCGAAGUCGAAGACGAGAACUUAAAUCGUCUCUCGAUCAAACCUAUCGACAGUCAAAGAAUUGCCGAUACCCUGGAUAUUAUAUCUCCAGUAAUUGAUAAUGAACCAUUUGAGACACCACCUUUACCAGCAAAGGAGGAAGACAAAGAAGUCAAGGUUGAAAGAGAUAUCAUUGAAGAUCAGCUUAUGGAAAUCAGUCAUCAAUUGAAUCUAUUGAAUGCUUCUACGGAUGUUAAGUACAAUUUCUUGAGUAAGAUAUACCCAAGACUUGAAACAUUAACAAUGGAGAAGUUAAACUAUUUACUUAAUGAGAAGAUACCUGAUUUAAACAGGUUGAUGAUAAAUAUCAAUGAUGAUGUGAUUCCGGCCAAUGAAAUGCAUUGUACUACUUUACUUAAUGAGGUGAAAUCAUUGAUGCAAAUUAUUAAUGAUGAUUACUCCAUUAGAAUAGAUAAUUUGUUAACCACUACUGAUAGAUUAUCAGGGGAAAUCAGUACGUCAAUGUCCUUAGAAUUGAGAAAGGUUGAUGAACAAUUGGAUAAGUUGAAUGAUUCUUUGUUCGGUAAUGUUGUGACAGAUGCCAUCAGAUCUAAUAAGGAUAAAAUCUUAAUGAAAGCUGAUAGUGAUCAUAGAAUUUUAUACUUAAUUUUAGAGAAUUUCAUUGUUGUUAUGUUGAGAUUGGUUUGGGUGAUUGUGAAUAUUUAUAACUUCAUUUUAUGGAUUAUCAAAUUCUUUUUGAAGAUUUUGAAAUUCAUUCUCUUUUGA